AUGGACACUUCGGUCUACUCGGUACAGUACUGGAGUCAUGCACACGCUCCCAGAAUCACAGCAACAGCCGUUAACAAGAUGCUAUACCGGGGCUUGAUGAGCUACAGUACAACUAUUGCCCCAGAAGAGGUUCCCCAGGGAACUUUGUUGGUCCCUGAGAAAGCUGAACAGAUGCAACAAGCACAGGAGAGGCAUCCAUUUGAAAGAGCUGCGUUCCCUACAUCCAGGAGGGUUGUCAGGAGAGAAAUAUCAACUUACACCAGUGUUCCGAGAGAGACUGUCGAUGAAUUUUGGAAGAAUGCCAAAGUGAACCUCGGACCAUUGGUCCCGGAGGACUUAAAAGACGAAAUCAAGAGGGUGUGCUUCACUUAUAAAGACUUGUUUGCAACGAAACUGGAAGAUAUCCCUCCGACGGACCUGUACGUUCAUCGAGUGAGGAUGCGCGAUGACGCAAAACCCUUCCAGUCAAAACGGAAAUCAUGGACUACUCCACAGAAGUAUUGGCUAGACAAAUUACUCCAGGAGGGAAUUGACGCGGGUAUGUACGAGUCUACGAUGGCCGCAAAUGGGAAGCUCUCAGACUGGAGCAGCCAGCCAGUGUUGGUGGCCAAGGACAGAGACGCGGAACAUCCAGAUCCAUGGGAGGAGCCACGACUGACGUUCAACUUCCGAAAGAUUGAAGAAGAAAUGCCUGGAACGUUUAUUCCGCUUCUGGCCGACAUACACAAGGACCUGUCAGAUCCCAGGAUUGGUUCCUAUUCGUCCUUCGACCUAAAGCACGGAUACUGGUGUAUCCCGAUCCACCCUCUAGACAGACACUACUUCGCAUUCGAUGUAGAAGGGUUUCCCCAGAUGCAACCCACACGAAUGCCACAAGGGAGCAGGACUUCGCCUUAUUCUUUCAAGGAACUGAUGGACACCGUAACCGGAUCGAUUCCUGCACCAUUCCCAGAACCAUCCUUGACAGCUCGGACGAACCCCCACGAUCUACGGAAGCUCCUCAAGUACAUGGAUGACAUCUUCGUAAUGCAUGUUGACUUCCGGGAGCAAUGGUCGUUCAUCCGUGACGAACUCUUCCCACGGCUUGCAUGGGCAGGCUUACGAUUAUCCCUGAAGAAGAUGUUCCUAGGAUACGAUGAAGUACUGGCGGUGGGGGUGACCCACAAGAUCGGAGGAAGGAUUGCUGUAAAGAAGGUCAGGAGCGAAAAGCUGAGGGAAUGGCCGGUCCCGACUGACCAGACGGGAGUUCGAGCCUUCCUCGGAGCGAUUGGACCCACGCGCCGAUGGAUCAAGAAUUUCUCAGAGAUCGGAAGACCGUUGGCCCGAUUGACCGGAAAUGUGUCGUUCUCUUGGGGAGCGGCAGAGGCAACGUCAUUUUCCAUCCUCAAGGAGAAAGCAGCAGAUACGGUGGACAUGCACGGUCACGACGGAGAGCUUCCGGUCAAGGCCUACUCAGACGCAUCAGGAUACGGGGCAGGUUUCCUGGUGACGCAGAUUCAACGCGACGUCCCAAAGCCAAUCCUGUACGACAGUUUCCUGUUCACGAAGACUCAGAGAAACUACGGAACGUACAAGAGGGAGCUCUGUGCCAUCGUGGAGUUCGUGAGACGGCAUGUCACAUACUUCCAGGCAACAGCACAAUCAAUUAUAUACACAGACCACAAGCCCUUGACAUUUUUCAUUGAUUCCCCGAACGUGGAGGGAAUAUAUGCACGCUGGGCUGGCGAAUUACAGGUGGUAAAUGUGCGGCUGGAGUAUGUCUCCGGGGAGAAGAACAGAGUCGCAGAUGCACUGUCGAGGACCAUCUUCGCGAGUGAAGACUGUCAGGAGGAACCCAAACUGACCGAGAUGGGAUGCGUUUCGCCGGAAGGGGAGUGGGUCUGGAAGGAUGGCCCAGGAGGGUACGAGCGUCUCCUGAAGGCAAUGGAGAAACCAGUACAUCCACAGGAAGGGAUGUCGGCAGAAGCGAAAUUCAUGUCAAUCUGGAGAUGGAGUGAUGACGUCUCUGAGGAACAGAAUUGGAGGGCAUUGCGGGGGCACCACGACCUCCAGGGAAUGUUCCUUUCAACAGCCAUGACACAACCAGAGGUAGAUCCGGAGAACGGAUCCUCCACAGAGAGGUAUGAAAGGGAGCCAUGGUAUCACGACGUGUACCAGUACCUGAAAGAUGGUCGACUUCCACGCUGGGACAGGAUUCGGAACCAAUGCAUUCGUGACCGUGCGAAGGCCUUCCGCCUCUCAGGAAACCGACUGGAACACCACCGAGGGGGUAUCUGGAGGACAUGCAUUUGUCGGAAAGACGUGGCUGCAGUAUUGAGGAAGGCUCAUGACCAGGGGGGACACUUCUCUCCGUCCAUCACUUUACAGAGACUGAACCAGGUCGUGUACUGGCCAUCCAUGGCAUCCGACAUGAAGGAGCACUACUUGGGAUGUGUGGAAUGUGGAUGGUUUGGUCCAGCCAAGCCGGGAGCUCCCCCACAACCAAUCUCGGUCUGGGAACCAAAUCAGGUGCUCGCAAUGGAUUUCGUGGGACCGUUCCCAGAGGCCCAAGGAUACAAGUAUGCGUGUGUGAUCGUGUGUUACUUCUCAAGAUACUCCUGGGGCUUUCCUACAAUAAGUCAGGGAACUGAAGAAGCCAGGGAGGCAUUCAGGAGGUGGAGAGAAAGCACCGGAACCAUCCCAGUGGUGGUGUACGUCGAUCCGGGGAGUGCAUUCGUAUCCGAAGAAUUUCACCAAGACAUGAGAAGGCAAAAGGUGGAAGUCAUUAAUGCUCCUGCAAAGGCUCACAAAGCCGUCGGACUGGUGGAAGUGACCAACAGGAUCUUCCAAUCCAUCCUCAACAAGACUCUGGGAGGGAAUGGAGAAGAUCGGGAAUGGCCAUCCAAGCUGCCGGAGGUGUUCCGAGAGAUGAACUCUCGACAAAUGAGAACCAUGGGAUGGAGUCCGUUUGAGAUCAUGCAUGGAUAUCUCCCACGAGGCGCUCUGGAGGCCGCAUUUCCUCCAAACAGCCAUGUGGAGGUGAGGAGAGCAGCUGAAAUGAUGGAGCUCCCAGAGAAGGAGGACCUGGAGCAGGCGAUCCUGAACCACAUGGCACGAGUACAGUACUGCAGGGAGACGGUUUUCACGGAGAGAGAAGCAGAGCGGAUCAUUCGGAAACAUAGACACGAUGUCCGUCGCCCAGCUAUCGCACCAGGAGACCUUGUAUUUACUUUCCAGGAGGGUAAGCCUCCGAAGAUGGUGGCGAAAUGGAGAGGACCAUUCCGGGUCAAGGAACGCGUCGGAAGAGCAUCAUUCAAACUGGAGAACUUGGACGGCACCGGAAUGCGACACUCCCGAUAUGAUUACCAUGAGGAUAGCUUGAAGCUUUUCGUUCCCCGGAAGGGCUACUUGAGACAGCCCGAUGACCUGGUUCUGCCUCUGAACCAAAAUCUGAGAAGGCCAAGGAAACGCCGGACCAGGCGCUGA